UUUUUCGCCGCUCGGGUCAACAGAAGUUCACAACAUAUUGAUAAUAUUGAAUAUUUUUGAUAAGCUAGGCCAAUAUACGAUUUUCAUCUCGAGAGCCGGGCAUUAAACGUAGCGUGUGUGUUUUGAAUCCGGUCAUUUGUCACCGAAACACCCCCGGGAACAGUUGGAAACUUCACUUCGCCGGCAGCUGCCUUUGUUUUUGACUGGGAAAAUAUGGUUUUCAUAACGAAAUUCGCUAGGAUUGGGCUGCAGGCCGCCCGUCAGAUGAGUGCCACUCCCUUAGCUACUGUCCAGGGGCGCGCCUUCCACCUGACAAGCCUCCUCGCCAAAGAACGUCGUUACACAAACAAACACGAGUGGGUAGAGCUGGUAUCUGGAAACAACGCUAUCGUAGGCAUCUCCAGUUACGCCCAGGAGGCUCUCGGGGAUGUGGUCUUUGCCCAACUGCCGGAACCGGGUACGGAACUGAAGCAGGAUGAUGAAUGUGGCGCCCUGGAAAGUGUAAAGGCAGCCAGUGAGGUGUAUUCGCCAGUUAGUGGCAAGGUGACGGAAAAGAAUGGCCAGGUGGAAGACACACCAGCCUUGGUUAACACAAGUUGUUAUGAAAAGGGCUGGCUCUUCAAAGUGGACCUUAAGAACCCCCAGGAACUUGAUGGCCUUAUGACCGAGGAGCAGUACAAAACCUUUGUGAGCAGCAGUGGCGAUCACUAGAAUCAAACAACUUCAAUGUAGCCUUAAAUACAAAACGAUCUAGCAUUUGUUAUCAGCUUGAAAACACUUUACCCAUACCCAAAAAUCACCAACCAAACUCAUCGCCAUACACACGUUGUUGUAGCACUUGAAAUUUGUUACGAAUAAGAAUCAACAGUAAAGCCAAA